AUGUCCACACCUAUAUCAGUGUUCGAGCUGUAUCAGAUACAACUGCACGCGAUACCAUUUAAAGAACCAAAGUUUGAAACCACAUCGAACCAGGAAAUCACUGUAGUAUACGUAAAGGAGUCUCUCUUCCUACUUUUAUUUUCCUCUGGGGAAACCCUCACGUCAAGUAGGCAAGUAGACAGGAGCCUGAGCAGUACUCGACUUCAAAGAAACGGACCGAAGAUAUCCUUUACCAUUGAUCUAAUAUUGGAAUUCAAAAAUGAAGUAAUAAGUCGUAGAUACAAGGGCGGGCGCAGCGCACAGUACGCGCUUAAUGGGCGGCAUUACCAUUCGGAGUCGGUAGUGGUGGAGGAGCCAGAGUUUACGGACGUCAUACAAAACGUGACGGUGCCAGCCGGCCGGAGCGUGCGACUCGCCUGCUCCGUCAAGAACCUCGGCUCUUACAAGGUGGCGUGGAUGCACUUUGAGCAGUCAGCGAUCCUCACAGUCCACAACCACGUGAUCACGCGCAACCCUCGCGUUAGUGUCACUCAUGACAAACACCGCACGUGGUUCCUGCACAUCAGUGACGUCAGGGAGGAGGACCGGGGGCGUUACAUGUGCCAGAUCAACACCGUCACUGCCAAGACGCAGUUCGGAUAUCUACAUGUUGUCGUGCCGCCGACCAUCGACGACUCGUUGAGUUCGAGCGACGUUAUCGUGCGAGAGGGCGCCAACGUCACGCUGACGUGCCGCGCUAAUGGCUCUCCUAAGCCCACCAUCAAGUGGAAACGGGACGACAACUCAAAAAUCUCCAUCAGCAAGGGACAUUCCGUUUCCGAGUGGGAAGGUGAAGUGUUGGAGAUGGCUAGAAUUUCCCGGUUAGAUAUGGGUGCCUACUUAUGCAUUGCUAGUAACGGUGUGCCGCCAACAGUGUCAAAGCGGGUCAAAGUCAGCGUUGAUUUUCCACCAAUGUUAUGGAUUCCUCAUCAGCUCGUGGGUGCACCGCUUUACUACAAUGUGACUCUGGAAUGCUUCACAGAAGCCCAUCCAACUUCCCUCAACUAUUGGACUAGGGAUGAUGGUCACAUGAUUCAUGAGAGCCCCAAGUAUCACAUGGAGAAUACUGUAGGAAUACCAGCUUAUAAGACUCACAUGAGACUACUCAUUAGGAAUAUCAACACUGAAGACUAUGGUACAUAUAAGUGUAUAGCUAAGAAUCCGAGGGGCGAGUCUGAUGGUACCAUUCGCUUAUAUACUUCAUCACCACCGACGACCACACCGGAUCCCCGUGCGUUGACCAUACCCCCACCGUCUAGACCUCCUCGCCGCGACACUCCACUCACAGACAAGGGUACUAAAUAUCAAUCAAACCUUAACGAAAUUGACAAGGGCAAACAGAAAACAGAUGAAGGUGGUGGGAAAACACACUUGAACUGGGUGGGAGGUGCAUCGCAGGUUACAGGUGUUUUACAAAUCCAAAUUUCUUCUGUCAAUUACACCUAG